GCAAAUCCCAACCUCCAUGUCUUGCCUAAGUAUAAGGCUUCCACCGGCCAAGAAGGCAUGGAAGAGCUUCACCACCAAACUCCAAACCAAGCUGCACAAACUCCAUAAAUCCAGAACCAUCAAAAAGCCACCCAAGAACAGGCUCAAAGGAACAGCCUCGAAACCAACCAAUCCAUAUCUGAUCUUAGUGGGGAGGCGUCUUAAACGUAAAAGCUACCGUGCUCUACCUGCUGGCCUCCAACGCUGCCACUUAUUGAAAGCCAAAGCUGAAGCUGUGUAUAUUGAUAAACUCUUCAAAGAAACUGUCCCUCAGCUGGUUGAGCAUGCAGAGGUGGAGCCAAGGCCAGCAAAGCUGGCCAAAGAGAUUGAGGCGGAUGAUCAGCCGGUGGCCACAGCCCCUGGAACGAGUGAGGGAGGUCUUGAAGAAGCACCUCCGGCUGCGGAUGAUGUUUGGGAGUCAAUAGGAUUAGCGUCUCCCCUGAUGCAGGGGAUAGAUGAAAGAGCAGAGGAAUUUAUUACAAGGUUCCGUGCAGAGAUGGAGCUUCAAGAAAUUAUGGCCCGUAAUUUGUAGCGAUUAUCAAUGCAUUUGUAAUGAAUAAAUUGUACAAGAAUAAAUUCGAUAUUUAGAA